AAAGUCUAAAGUUGCUCUGCCAAUGCAGCAAAAUAAAACCGCGUGGACAGCCAUGCACAUUUAUGGUUUUCUUUCUUUUCUUUUAUUGGCUUAGGUUGUCACUUCUAUAAUUUCUUAGAUCCCUACUUAAAUUAAAUUUUAUAAUGAGAAAAUCCUAUCAUUCAUAAUCUUUUCGCCCACAUAAUAUUAAAUAUCAACUACUCAACAAAAUUAUAUGACAGUGGUUAUAGAAUCAGAUUAGACAAAUUACAUAAUCACUACUCAACUCUAUUUGCUGGCUUCUCCCUCUCUCAUUUUUUUUUAUACAUAUUUUACUGACUUGAACUCAUAAUGUGAUUUAAAAUACCAACUCUGGCAUCUCAUGAUUUUUUUUCUCUGAUAUAGAUCACACAAACUCUCAUUUUCAAUCUUCAACUAAUCUCUCAACCACUAAGGCAUGAAUUAGAUCAACAAUGUUAAUUCUUAAAACAAAAACUCAUAACAGGGAAAGUUUUGAAACAGAUAUAUGGAUGGGGUCGUGCAAGCAAUGCAGCGUGCUUUCUGGGGUUGAAAAACAGAGUACACAUCUCCCUAUAGUCCCAUACUUGUCUCCAGUCUUUUGCUUUGAAUGCUUUUGUAGUUUUGUCUCCUGAACACCUGAUCCUUACAGUUGUCAUAAAAUUUUAAUUUCUCGUAACUUAUUCACUACUAUUAUACAAACCCAAGGCAGAUUAACAUUUUAAUUAAUCACAAAGAUUAUUUUCUUUUUCUUUUUCUAAAUCAGGUCCUUCUAAAGAAAUGAAAAUGUCAUGAUCUUGGUACUGUAGCAACAACUUAAGUCAUCAGUUUGAUUUGACUUUGAUUAUGAAAUUCAAAGAAAUUUUCACUCAACUUCCCCACAUUGGAAUUCUACAUAAACCCAGUUAAGCUUGUGCUAUACUCAACAUAGACGCAUACUUUCUUUCUCUUUCCUGAGGUUUUUUUCUAGGCAACCAAACAGAGAAGCAUGGGAGAUAUACUAAGUGAAGAACAGAUUGUUGAGUUCAAAGAAGCCUUCUGUCUCUUUGACAAAGAUGGGGAUGGUUGCAUUACAGUGGAAGAAUUGGCAACGGUGAUUAGAUCCCUGGAUCAAAAUCCGACGGAAGAAGAGCUUCAGGACAUGAUAAGUGAAGUCGAUGCCGACGGAAAUGGAACUAUUGAGUUUGCAGAGUUCUUGAACUUGAUGGCCAAGAAAAUGAAGGAAACUGAUGCAGAGGACGAACUUAAAGAGGCUUUCAAGGUUUUUGACAAGGAUCAAAACGGGUAUAUCUCAGCUAAUGAGUUAAUCCAAGUAGUACUUUCAACCCAAGGUUUAUUCAAUGAGAGAAUUCAAUCCAAAACCUGCUAAAGCACCCAUUCAAUUUGAAAAGUUUGACUUGGGUUCCAAUCUUUCAUCUUUGAGCUUUGCGUUCAUAUUGAUAAGUAUGAAAAUUAAAUACAAAUAGCUAGCUAUGGGGACCAUUGCUACUGACUAUGCAUCCAUGAAAGUUUGUUUAAAACUUUUCAAAUAUUACAUUCAUACAGGCUGUAAUGUUUUUUCCAUGCAAUGAAUAUUAGCCAUAUUUUUUAUAAGACAUUGCAUUUGGGGUUUUGAAUUUUUUUAUUAUAUGCAUUUAAAAAGAACUCAAACCAAAU